UGGUGAGUGAUCGUGUACCUGUGGUUUACCUGUAAAUUCUUAUGACUCACCUGAAAUCCCAUGCCAAAAUGUAUAAGGUCUGCUGGCUCUAAUCAGUUUAAACCUUUCUUCAAACCCUCAAUUCGUGGUAUUGAGUGCAGAAGUUUAAAGUACUAUUUCAGCAUGCAGUGUGUGUUACUGUACCGCGGAUCAGUGGAUGUGUUACUAUAACCAGCCAGGAGUCACAGGUCAUGGUACAGUGGUCAUUCACAGACACGGAUCAUCGGAUAUGGAGUUAGAAUGAGCUUUAAUACCAAACGGUAGUACAUGUGUUUGUAAGAUGUACACAAACUCGGACAUAGGUGUCAUUGUGUAUUAAGGGGAGGUAACUCGAAACAAAAUGACCUGAAAUGAUUCCUCACGUCGUUCGACUCAUCAUAUUUGUGUGUGUGACCAUGGAUCGAACUACUGGGAACCAAAGUCAUGAAGGAUUCAGCUCGCCUUGUGAAAUAUUAGACUGUGCAAAUAAUGGUGUGUGCAUGGAGGUAAUAUCAGGGAACGGAAGUGAUUCCAUGGCGUCGUGUAAGUGUAGUGAGAGAUACACCGGAAGUAGGUGUCAGUACGUCGUGGUCUUAAAGUAUCAUUUAAUAACAUCAAAUUCAGCCAAGCUGGAAAUAUCAAGAAAACAUUCAAAUGACAGCAGACAUACCUUUGAUAACACACUAGACAAUGAAUCAAGAUUCACAAUAAUAUAUUGGACUAACUUCUCGUCGGCUGCGUGUACCAUGGCGUCCGGAAUUACGUCUGGGCCUGUGACAAUAGACAGUCUCGAGCCUGACACGAGGUAUACGUUCUGUGCUUUCUCCGGUAUGACGGAGUUUUGUCACCAUUACAAUGUUGAUGACGGGAUGCCAAUUAACUGUGUUCUCAUUACAACUUCCGCUCCUAAACAGGAUGACGACAGUCCUGUUUAUAUAGCACCCCUCGUGUUGUCUAUACUGUUUGUGAUAGGUUUGUGUAUACUGCUGGCCGUAAUAAUCAAAAGGAAGUAUAUAGAAUGUUUAUAUAAAUACAAUCCGUGUUUGUCAUCAAACACAAAAAGUGACACCACAGUCCUGUACAUGGGAGUAGGAGGUAGGCGGAAGGGGAAUAACACUAAACAUCUGAUGCCUUUACCUGAGCGGCCCCCACCGGACAUCGUGUUACAUCCGCCAUCCAGUCCAGGUCGGCCGCCACACAAACUCGCACAUUCCACCCGCGGUUACACGUCCACCUUCUCGGCCAGGAACGAGUCGGCAAUCCCGCUGACUACGGUCAUUGAGUAUGGCCCUACCAACGACACGUCCACGCCUUGUACUGGCUAUAACGACCAUAACUCCGCAGAGACAAGUCUAAUCCUCCACCAAAUAGACACGGAAAGCUAACUUAUAUUAAAAUACCAACAAACUUGC